AUGUAUGGGAAGCUAGAUCUCGCCAAAACCUUCACUCUCCGGCAAUGCCUCAUUGAACUCAAGCAAGGGAAUAACUCGGUCACCACUUAUUUGAAUCGGCUCUCUGCCAUUUGGAAUGAGUUAGACGCUGCUGAAGAAACUCUUGAGGGGACACAGGUACUGGCCACGUCUCCACCACCCUCUCUUCGUCGAAGUUUUCAACUGGUGGUGCAAGAUGAAAGCCAAUGCCAGUUGAACUCCGAUAGAACACCACUAGAUUCAAUGGCGUUGGCAAGGUUAAGAGAGAAUGGUGAUCAACAUCAGCUAGGGCAAAAUGAAGGUGAAAAACCUUCUCUUAUAUAUGAUGAGAUGAAGGCCUCAGAUUCAAUCUUGCGAUUUGACAGUCAAAAACUCAUCGCAUUUUUUAACGCAUCUCACGACUCCAAUCGUGCCACGUCACAUCAUGAGUCAAACAGGUCAACUCCUUGGUCAAACAGAUCAAAUGGAUAUGGAAAUGGGUCAAAUGAGUAUGGAAAUGGGUCAAACGAGUCGGGAAAUUCAAGAUCCAAUAAAAACAGAAUGUAUUGUGAUUAUUACAAAAGAAGAAAUCAUGAUUGGGACCAUUGUUGGAGAUUACAUGGUCAUCCAGAUUCCAACAACAACAACAGAAAUGGUAAUUCUUCUUCUUUCCAAGUUGAUUCUCUUGGAAAUCAGUCAGCACCCACUCUCAAUUUGGAACAAUAUAAUCAGUUGCUCCAGUUGUUGAAAAUGUCCUACCUGCUCCCACCACAUCUUACACAAAUUCCAAUAUGUGGUUCGAUAUGGUCGUGCCCCUCUGAAGGAGUAUUGAGCUUCUCUGCUUUCUCUGUUCUUUCAUUUUGCCGCAAUCAUCAUCUACUUCAGCUCUUCGGCCGCCCACAAUGGCUUACUGUCAGAUGGCGUUCACAUUCUUACGUCAACAAGGUCAGGGAACGACUCGAGAACUGGGGUUGUCGAAUAAUAACUGAUUGUGAGGUGUCUUCUGUUGUGUCAGCUGAUGAUGAAGGUUGCACCGUCGUAUGUGGAGAUGGUUCCGAAGAAAUGUAUAAUGGCUGCAUAAUGGCUGUUCAUGCUCCAGAUGCCUUGAGAAUACUCGGAAGCCAAGCUACAUUUGAUGAAUCGAGAAUACUUGGUGCAUUCCAGUAUGUCUACAGUGAUAUUUUCCUCCAUCGUGACAAAAGUUUUAUGCCCCAAAACCCAGCAGCAUGGAGUGCUUGGAACUUUCUUGGAAGUACAGACAGCAAAGUAUGCCUGACUUACUGGCUCAAUGUGCUUCAGAACCUUUGUGAAACCACUUUACCUUUCCUUGUAACACUCAAUCCGGAACGUAAGCCAGAACAUACAUUGCUCCAGUGGACAACUGGUCAUCCAGUCCCAUCUAUUGCUGCAUCAAAAGCUUCACUUGAGCUUAAAAGUAUUCAGGGAAAGAGAGGAAUUUGGUUUUGCGGAGCUUAUCAGGGUUAUGGCUCCCAUGAGGAUGGACUAAAGGCAGGCAUGAGUGCUGCACACAGUGUGCUAGGAAAACAUUAUGAAAUUUUGAGCAAUCCAAAACACAUGGUACCGUCGUGGAUGGAAACAGGGGCGCGACUUUUUGUUGCUAGAUUUCUAGGACAUUAUAUCUCUACUGGCAGUUUGAUGUGAGUUCAUUUGUAUUUU